ACCUUUCUUCCUAAGCAGCUGAUUAGGGGUUUUUGCCGAUCUCCAAUUUCUCUCUUUUAACCUAGCUCUAGUGCGUUGUUCUACUAAUCAUCUUCUCCAUGGACAAUAAAUCCGCAACCAAAGCUGAAGCAUCUCCUUCUGUGAUUAAGGACACGACGCCUACAGACAAUUUGGAGAAAGAUAAGAAAGACAUGACGACUGAGAUGAAAAUAUCUGAUGCGAUGGAGAUGUUGGAAGGAUUUGGUAUUCGUCUUCAUAAAAUGGAAGAGAAGAUGGAUCUGUUGAUCUCAUUGUUUAGGUCAAAUAAUGAAGUUAAAAUUGGCUCUGUAAAGCCCAGGCAGAGAGCAUGUCUGUGGAUGGAUCAUCUUCUGAUGAGGAACCUUAUAGCCGUUUUGGUACUCCUGUCUUUGGUCCUGGUGGUGGUCGUGGUCUUUUCGUCGGUGGUCGUUUUUCCGGUGGUCGUUGUGGCGGUCAAGGCUUUUGUAGACGUUCCUGUUGAGGUUUUGGUGGCGGAAGAAGAGACCUAUUUUUGCUACUCAGCUUGAGCUUUGGUGUUUUAAACUUGUGAUAUAAUGCAACCUCUUCAAUAGUUAGGUUUUUCUUAUGUUCUAUAGUUACGGUUUGUCUGAAUGUUAAGCCUCAAUUUUGAGUGCUUUUGGUGUUAAAUAAACACAAUGAAAACAGGUUUAUUUCUUAUGAAUAGAGGCAAGAAAAUUGUGUAUUCACUUUCUUGUUUUAUCUCGAGAAUAG